CGGGGGACACGCUCCAUGUCAACUUCCACCUGCGGAUGGACCCCGGCCAGGAGGCCAAGAUCCGCUACUACACCUACCUGAUCAUGAACAAGGGGAAGCUGUUGAAGGUGGGACGCCAGGUGCGAGAGGCCGGCCAGGACCUGGUGGUGCUGCCCCUGACCAUCACGACAGACUUUAUUCCUUCCUUCCGCCUGGUGGCUUAUUACACGCUGAUUGGCAACAAUGGCAAGAGGGAGGUAGUGGCCGAUUCCGUGUGGGUGGACAUCAAGGACUCGUGCGUGGGCACGCUGGUGGUGAAAGGUGGCGGGAAGGAGGAAAAGCAGCAUCUACCUGGACAACAGAUGUCCAUCAAGAUCGAGGGUAACCAGGGGGCCCGAGUGGGGCUGGUGGCCGUGGACAAAGGCGUGUUUGUGCUGAAUAAGAAGAACAGGUUGACUCAGAGAAAGAUCUGGGAUGUAGUGGAGAAUGAAGACAUUGGCUGCACGCCGGGCAGUGGAAAGGACUAUGCGGGAGUCUUCAUGGAUGCAGGGCUGAGUCUCAAGACCAGCAAAGGCCUGCAGACUGAACAGAGGGCAGGUGAGGAGGUGGCCAGUGGUCACCCAGGCAGCGACAACGUUGCCACCUCCCAGAUGGGAUCAGGGGGCCCUGGGUUCAUGCCCUGCCUCCACCCCCAUCCAGCAAAUCACUCUCCUCUCCGAGCCUCAGCUUCUUUACCUGUUAA